CAAAAUUAUGCUCCUGCAGUAUCAACUUCACAAGAGCAAACAACCAUGGCUGCAGCUCUUCAAAGCUUCCGCUUUGCUGUGAGAAGCUGCAAUUGCAGGCAUAUUUCCCCUCGGCAUGUGGCCAAGUCGAUUGGAAGAGGGCGAGAAUUCUCCACAACGCCUCAACGCUGGCUGGCGGCUUCAAUUGAAGAAAUCGAGGAACGUCUCUCGAAAGCCGCAGCAACAAACCGUGAUGCGGCAGAAUAUAUGCGGGUUUCGAAGGAGACUGAAGAAGAGCUAGCGGCUCUGGAAGAGAGUAUGCAGCAAGAGGAAGAGGAAUCGAGGCAAAGAUAUGCAGCCCGGCACCCUCCAUACGUGUUACCACUACGAAGGAAGAGGCUGAAGGACACGUUCAUGAACAUGGGAGAUCCUGAGCCUUGGGAAGAAGAGGGCAUGUUAGAUGAUGACCACGACGAUAUGACUUCCCUUGCGCAUGGAGAAUUGGAGCAACAUCGGGAGAUGAGACAUUAUGCCAGACUGGCAGCGUGGGAGAUGCCUCUUUUGUCAAAAUUGGCUAAGCCAUUCCACCCUCCCACUGCAGAUAUGCCACUGAGAUUCCGAUAUACGACGUACAUGGGCGAGCAACAUCCCGCAGAGAAAAAAGUCGUACUAGAGUUUACUCCAGCAGAUAUGCCAGACCUUACCGAUAUUCAAAGAGAUAAGUUAAGGAAGCUGGCGGGAGUGAGAUGGAAUCCCGAGGAGGAUAUUAUCAAGAUGAGUUGCGAGAUGUUCGAGACUCAAGCCCAGAACAAGCGGUAUUUGGGGGAUUUGGUUGAUAAACUUCUGGAAGAAGCAAGGGACCCAACUGAUACCUUCGAAGACGUGCCAUUCGACACCAGACAUCACCAUUUUAAGCCCAAAUUGAGCUUCCCAGAGGAAUGGAAUAUGACGGAGCAACGACGCAUGGAAUUGGACCAGUAUCGCCAAGCCAUUGCAGAGAAACACAAGCAACUAGAGUUUGCAGAACAACUCGUUGAUGGGAUCAAGCAGAUUGAGGAGGGACUGGCUAAGCAAGAGCCAAUUAGAGAAUCUCUACCUGAUAUGCUCCUGGGUGCGAGAAGGCCGGGUUUGAAGGGAAAGAGAGUCAGUGUCAGGCGAUAGAUAGACGUUGUAUGAUACGGCCAGGCAUUGUAUGAUAUUGUGAUAAUUAUCCACAUAGAAACUGAUGUAAGAAAUAAUUCAGACACAAUUCAUCACGGAGAAACCGC